UUUCUCUGUGUCUUGGUUUCUGCACACUUUGAAUACAUGAAAUGGGUUUGCAGGAUCUUGUCAAGUUUGCAUUGAUAUGCUUUGAUUCUCUUGCUUGGCCUGUCUUUGCUUUGGGUUAUCCUCUACUUGCUUCCAUUCAAGCAAUCGAGACUAAUUCCAACACCGACGCCAAGAAACUUGUUACCUACUGGAUUAUCUUCUCGUUGAUUUCUCUGUUUGAACAUGCUUUCAUGGGGAUCCUUCAAUGGCUACCCUUCUGGCCCUACAUCAAGCUAAUGAUUGUCUGCUGGAUGAUGAUACCCCGUUUUGACGGCGCUUUCUACGUCUACAACCACUUUGUUCAACCAUGCCUCUACAUGGAUUUGCCGACUAUAAUUAACUGGUUCAAGAGGCUGCAACAGCUGCUUUUGAACAAUUUCCUUGCUGAUGAAUAUGCUAAGGCACACAGACCACCUGAAGCUCUAGAUAAACUCAUUGUUAACGAGCCAAAGGGAACAGAGGCUAGCAUAUUGCAGAAAGACAUAAAACCUGUACGAUUAUCAGAGAAAACAGAAGUUGCUCCGGUGAACCAGAAUCCGGCACCUGAACCCGAUGUUGUUCAGACGGUGAAUAAUAAGAUUACACUUCCAGAAAUCAACGGAGAAGCGGGUUUCAAUCUUACAGAGAUACCUUUGGAGAAGCAAGUUCAGAAGGAAUGGACCUGUGCUAUGUGUCAGGUGAAAGUCAGUAGCGAGAUAACCUUAAAUAGCCAUCUCCAAGGAAGGAACACAUGAAUGCAUGUGAGAACUUAAGAAAGGCAAAGAACCAGCCUUGCAAAGGCAAAGCUGGUUCUGAUUCGGUGCUUAAAGAACCUUGGAAAGAUGGCUCGAGCAGCAAUAUUCAGGGAAGCCAAAAGAAGCCGAAACUAAUUCCCAAAGGACAGGCAUUUGCUGCUGCUUCAGUGGCGCCUAAGAACACUGAUAUUCCCAUCAAUAAUGCAUCCACAUGCUACAAGGCAGUGAAUACUAAAACCGAAACAGGCCAUCAUAACCUGCCGAAAGAGGAAUUGAAGAAGUCGGGAAAUCGAGUAAAAUCAAGUGAAAAUGGACAAGGGCAGCAACGUGUUGGAAAGGAACAUGGUAAGACUAAAAACUCUCGGUUUCGGUGCACCAUAUGUAAUGUAACCUGCACUGGAUCGGAGGACUUGAACUGUCAUCUCUGGGGAUGGAAGCACUUAGCGCAGAUUCAGAAACUGAAUAAUCUUUGAAAAGGCAAGCUUACUUGAGUCGAGCAGCUGAACUUGAAAUCUCCACAGAUGUGAAGCUUAAGAGACAUGAUGUCUCUCUGAAAGAAAUCUCAUAAGAUUUGGUGUCCUUAAAACAUUGCUUUUUACUAGAGCAUCAAAGAGUUAGCUUGAUAAUA